ACCAUUAAUCAUAAAACCAACACAACAUGUCGUUCUCCGAUUUGGGUGUAGCCAAAUGGCUCAGUGAAUCAUUAAUCGCCAUGAAAAUCCAUCAACCAACCCCUAUUCAAACUGCAUGUAUUCCCGCCAUUCUCAAGGGCCAUGAUUGUAUUGGGGGAGCCAAGACUGGGUCCGGUAAGACCAUCGCGUUUGCGGCACCCAUGCUUACUGACUGGUCGGCUGACCCUCGAGGAAUAUUUGGGUUGAUUCUUACGCCGACCCGAGAAUUAGCAUUACAAAUAGCCGAACAGUUUGCUGCCUUGGGGAGUAAUAUGAAUAUUAAAGUCAGUGUUAUUGUCGGUGGGGAAGACAUAGUUACUCAAGCCCUUGCAUUACAACGUAACCCGCAUUUUGUGAUUGCUACACCUGGUAGGUUGGCUGAUCAUGUGUUGAACAGUGGUGAAGAAACUGUUGCAGGAUUAAAACGGGUCAAGUACUUAGUGUUGGAUGAAGCCGAUAGAUUAUUGAGUAAUAGUUUUAGCAGCGAUUUGGAAAGAUGUUUUAAAGUGAUUCCACUGAGUGAAAAUAGACAGACUUUGCUCUUUACCGCUACUGUCACCGAUGCAGUAAGAGCAUUAAAGGAUGCACCUGCCAAAGAAGGGAAAUUGCCUGUAUUUAUGCAUGAAGUGGAAACAGUUGAUAAAGUGGCUAUCCCCAAUUCCCUUUCUAUAAAAUACGUGUUUGUCCCAUCAUAUGUGAAGGAAGCUUAUCUUCAUAGUAUACUCCUGCUUGAACAAUACAAGGACAAAACUGCCGUGAUUUUCGUAAACCGCACAAUCACGGCUGAGGUUAUUUGCCGAACGUUACGUAAACUUGAGUUCCGAGUGGCAUCGCUUCAUUCCCAAAUGAGACAAACGGAAAGAAUCAACUCUCUUCAUAGAUUCAAAGCAGGUGCUGCUCGCAUACUUAUUGCUACCGAUGUUGCUUCCAGAGGGUUGGAUAUUCCUAGUGUUGAACUUGUGGUGAAUUUCGAUAUCCCUGCUGAUCCAGAUGAUUUCAUCCAUAGAGUAGGUAGAACAGCCAGAGCUGGUCGUAAAGGUGAUGCUGUGUCUAUUGUGGGUGAGAAGGAUGUGGAAAGAAUCCAUGCCAUUGAAGAGAGAAUUGUAAAGACUAUGGAGUUAUUGGAAGGUGUUAGUGAUGAUAGAAUAAUCAAGGAAAGUUUGACUGCUGUAUCCACUGCCAAGAGAGAAUCCAUGAUGGAAAUGGAUAAACAAGGGUUUGGUGAAAAGAAGAGAAUUAAUAAAAAGAAGAAGGAAGGGAAGUUGCCUAAACUGAGUAAAUAGAAUAGACAUUAGAUUAUAUUACUGUCAUCAAUCGUAUCUGUAAUUGGUUCUAUAAACAACCUCCCCGCCCAUGUUUCUAUAAAUAUGCCAUCGUCUCUUUCGCACCGCUAUGCAUGAAUCAAAUACUCCUCAAUCAACAAAGUUACAUUGAUUGCUAAAAGCGCGACAAUCACCCCAGUGACCGCCACCAUACUCCAAAAAUUAUUAAACCCAAAAUUAUCAAUUUUCCCCUUUGCAUAUCUCUUGAUGGUUACAAAAUAAUUGACUCCUGAAAUCACCAACACAACCAAGGAAAGUCCAAGCAAUAAAUACGCCAACACUGUAGACAAACCUGAUCUGGGCGAUGCAUGCGGAGUAUCUAGUCGGAAAUUCAAAAGUAUUACCAAUGAAGUAAAGAACAAUGCUGUUGCAAAUCGUAUGAAUGUGAGACAUGUGCGUUCCAGUUGGAGACCAUCUCGUGGUUCUGAAGUAGACACCUUCAUGAUUAAAUUGUAGGGAAACUUGUACUGGACUAUGCUUGGCAGGGGCAGGAGUGAUUCUCGUGUCACUUGACGGGAAAUUGUGCUCAUUCUACGUGGUGGGAGUGAGGGAUCGGCUGCUAAUUCCACGGGUGCAUACGAUUGUAUGGUUUCGUUCAUUGCUGUGUGGUUGUUGUGG